CCGACUGAUGCUGCAUGGGGAAAGUUUCAGGAAGCUGCCAGAUGUUACCCAGCAGAGAAAUUCCUCUGUGGGGAGACUGAUGAUAUGUGGGGACUGUGGGAAGAGCUUCCGUGUACAUUCCAACCUCAUCCAGCAUCGGAGAAUCCACACUGGAGAGAAACCCUUCUCCUGCACCGAGUGUGGGAAGCGUUUCCGGCAGCGGUCCCACGUCAUCCAGCACCAGAGGAUCCACACGGGAGAGAGGCCCUACGAGUGCUCCGAGUGCGGGAAAAGCUUCAGCGUGAGCUCAAAGCUGCUGCGGCACCAGGUGACCCACACCGGGGAGAAGCCCUUCAGGUGUGCCGAGUGCGGCAAGAGCUUCUCCGGGAACUCCCAGCUGGUGCAGCACCGGCGAGUGCACACCGGGGAGAGGCCCUACACGUGCAGCAGCUGCGGGAGCAGCUUCAGCGUGAGCUCGGCUCUGGCUCGGCACCGGCGCGUCCACACCGGGGAGAAGCCCUACGGCUGCAUCGAGUGCGGGAAGAGCUUCAGCCAGAGCUCCGAGCUCAUGAAGCACCAGCGGGUGCACACCGGGGAGAAGCCGUACAAAUGCUCCGACUGCGGGAAGAGCUUCACCGUGAGUUCGGCCCUCAUCCAGCACCACCGGUUCCACGCGGGCGAGCGCCCUUACGGGUGCUCCGAGUGCGGGAAGAGCUUCACGGUGAGCUCCCACCUCAUGCAGCACCGCCGCUUCCACACCGCGGAGCGCCCCUUCGAGUGCACGGAGUGCGGCAAGAGCUUCCUGUGGAGGUCGGCCCUGCUGCGGCACUGGCGGAUGCACAGCGGGGAGCGGCCGUACGCCUGUACCGACUGCGGGGACAGCUUCAGGCAGAGCGCACACCUCACCCAGCACCGCCGCACCCACACCGGCGAGCGGCCUUACGCCUGUGCCGACUGCGGGAGGGGCUUCGCCGUCAGCUCCGCUCUCCUGCGGCACCGGCGCGUCCACAGGGCGCGGCUGCCCUAG